AUGGCUAACGACACAGAAGCCAACUUGCCUCAAGACCAAAGUAUAGUCCAGCCGAAGGCGUCAUGGAAGGGCUACCUUUGGGACACGUGGGAGUUACCGACUGAGGAGCGAUGGCUAUUGUUUAAGCUUGACGCGUUUGUACUCACAUUCGCCUCAAUUGGGUACUUUCUCAAAUACCUAGAUCUUCAAAAUGUCACGAAUGCAUAUCUCAGUGGCAUGGAGGAGGAUCUAGAGAUGUACGGAAAUCAACUUGUGACUAGCACUUCGAUAUUCACAGUCGGCUAUGUUAUCGGACAGAUUCCAUGCAACUUACUGCUUACACGAGUGUCGCCUCGAUGGGUAAUUCCGUCGCUCGAAAUCGGCUGGGGAAUCGCCACCAUGUGCAUGUCGAGUGUGAAGUCUUACAAGGCGCUUUAUGCCCUUCGUUUUCUUGUUGGACUUUUUGAGUCAGGAUUCUACCCCGGCAUCCAUUACCUUCUCGGGUCUUGGUACACACCCCGGGAGAUUGGCAAGCGAGCAAUGAUCUUCUGGCUUGCAGGAUCGAUUGGCACAAUCUUUAGUGGCUUUCUGCAGGCAGCGGCCUAUACAAACUUGGAUGGAGUCGAUGGUCGAGCAGGAUGGCGAUGGCUUUUCAUCAUUGACGGUAUUAUCACAUUACCGCUCGCCCUUGCCGGAUAUCUAUUUUUCCCGAACCUGCCGCAAAGCGGGAAGAAGACAUGGUGGAUCUCUGAAGAAGAACACGUUCUUUCGGUGAAGCGAAUGGAUGCGAUCGGUCGGGCUGGCAAGCAGCCUUGGACGACAGCGAAGCUGAAGAGAAUCCUCAGAAGCUGGCACACAUAUCUUCUUCCCAUGUUGUAUGUCAUCUGGAACAACGGCACACCACAGCCUGGCAUGGGGUACUGGCUUAAGAGUUUUAAUGCCAAACCUGCUCCAGUUCCAGGGACAUCGUUUACCGUCGCUCAGAUCGAUAACUGGCCAAACAUCUCCACCGCUAUAUUCAUUGUUGUGGCUCUAAUCUGGGGCUUUCUAUCUGAUGGGCCCUGCAGAGGGCUGCGUUGGCCCUUCAUUCAUGCUGGAGCUAUUAUCACGCUCAUAUUUUCUGUUCUAUUACGUCAGAUGCCUCUUUAUACUAACAUAUCCGGCCGCAAAGUUGUUUACUGGCUAAGUCAAAUUGGGGGUGGUGCUGGCCCUCUGAUUCUCAGCUGGAUCAACGAAAUUUGCUCAGCCGAUACUGAAAAGAGGGCUCUGCUCAUUGCUAUGGCCAAUGAUUUUGCAUAUAUUGUACAGGCAGUGGCUCCCAAUUUCAUAUGGAAAACCACAGAUUUCCCUGCCGCCAAAAAGGGAUAUUUAUGGUCGAUUAUAUUGCAAAUCUUGUUGAUUAUCUUGACCGCUGCUAUCCAGUUCCUACUUUGGUGGGAUAAAAAGAAAGAAGCGAACACAGAGAUUGAAGGAUCGAUCCCGGAAUCGUCAGAAAAUUUCUCCGUUGACAGCUCCUCGAUUGGUAGCAACAAGGUUGCUAGUGCUGAAGUUACAUCUGUCAGGCCAAAAUAA